UCUCUCCCUUCACCUCCAGAGGGCGGGGUUUCCCUUAAAUCAGUAGUACCGCAUAUUUACAUAUUAUCAGAUUCGCUCUCUUAUCGGACUAAUAAUCUAACGGGGCGAAUAUUGUGUGGACGUAGAUUUUCCGCUGCAAAUAGAACAAUUAAAAUAUCCUUUUAUAAUGAGUUUCUUACAGUUGGCCGAGAAUUUCUUCAGCCUGCAGAAGGCGUAAAUAUAUGGUGGCAACGCAAUGUUGCAGGCUUCAGGAAGUUGUAUAUUUGAAUCGAUUCAACGGGGUGAGAUCGAUCGAGUUUCCCAUUUAUUGCAGCAGGAUCGGGGCGUCCUAAAACAAAAAGGUUGGGGAGGUUUCACAGCCCUCCACUUUGCUGCUCUCCAUGGAAACCGGCCAGUGGCUGAGCUUCUGCUGAACAGUGGUGCUGAUCCAAACAUCCCUUGUGAUGCAGGACAAACUCCUUUUCACUUUGCUUGCAGAAAUGGCAACAUUUAUAUCAUGCACAAAAUGAUGCAGCACGGUGCAGACUUACACAUAGUAGAUGAGCAGGGGAAAUCAUCUCUUCAUCAUGCAGUCGGUGGUGGAAGUGUUAUUGCCAUGCAGUACCUGUGGGAGACUGGAAUGUUCCGUUUCUCAGAUGCGGAUAACUAUCAGGUCACUCCGCUGCAUUUGGCAGCUUCCAUGGGCAAUACUGAUGUAGUCCGGUAUCUCCUUAGAGCGAAUAGAUGCACGCCAGAGGCAGUUGACCACCAGGGGGCGACAGCGCUUCACGUGGCUGCAGAGAAAGGCAUGAUUGAGGUGUGCUGGCUGCUGUUGAAGAGUGCCGGGCUCCACAUUUUACACAUGAAAAACCACACUGGCCUCACACCUCUAGACCUCUGUAAUCAAGGGAAUACUUUUAGACAUCAGCAGCUCUCCAGGAUUCUGAUGCAUUUCAGUCAACGGCCAAAAGAUCUGAUUCCUAAGGACUCAUAUGUGAUGUACUUCUGGGUGCUGUUGUUACCAUCUCUCAGCGGGGCGGCAGUUCUCAUUAUAGCUGCGGCUCUUGGUGAAUAUGGGGGUAUCUUCUCUGCAGUGCUUUUCCCCUGCAUGGCAAAAGUCAUUCUUUCUCAGUUUCACAGACUAAGCAGCUUUCAAAGGUUACCAAACCCUGUUUACCUGGGAACACUGACUGCAGGCCUAAUUCAUUCCACAGCUUGUUUUCUCUAUAAAAUUGUACCUAGUUUUUGGCCAGCUUAUACCCUCUUACACAUUUCACUUGUCCAUGUUUGUGUGCUUGCUGUACUUUUUUGGAAGGUUCUAAAUCAGAACCCAGGACAACUCAAAGAAGCUGACACUGAUUCUCGGUUUUCCAGCAUAGGAGACUUAAUGGAAGCCAGCCAGACCCCAGACAGAUUCUGUAUUUACUGUGAGCUAAUUAAAAUGGACAAUUGCAAACACUGCCGUUUGUGUGACAUGUGCAUCCAAGACUACGACCACCACUGCCUCUUCCUCAAUCAAUGUGUGGGACGGGACAAUCACCGCAUCUUCAUCCUCUUCAUCAUGUCCAUGGUAAUGGCUCAUGUCAUCUUCAUCCUCAGUGCAGUUUACUACCUCUACCUGAAACUCUCAGGCUUGCAGCUGUCUGACUGGAGCUCAGUGGCAGGAAGAGAGGCCUGGGUCAUCCUGCUGGCUCUGCUCAACAUCCUCUCUCUGAUCUGGGUGGGAUGGUUGCUAGUUGAGCAGCUUGAUGCCAUUUCCUUGGGAACCACCACCUACUUUAGACGGCACGACCACAAGAGGCCUUCUAAAAUACAACGUUUGGGAACAGUCCUCUCUUUUCUUCUUGAAGGAAAAAGAAGACAGAAGCACAGUCAGUCUUUUAACAUAUAGAGACUUUAGAGACUUUUUGAAAUUAUAAAGCAACAUCACAGUUUAGUCUUUAUCUUAUUGUUGUUCAUAAAAUCUAGAAUAUUCUACACAACUGUCUGGAGGACUCAAAGCCAGUCUGCAGAUUUCAUCCAGCCGCGUAGUGUAUGAUGGGCGCCGAUUCCGUUUAAUAAUGUUAAAUGCCAUUUUAAAUAAAAGAAAAUCAUUUUGACUCCCAUAGUUUGUAAGAACAAAUGUAAAAAAAAAAAAUGUAAAAAAAAAUAUUACCUAGAUUAUAAAUCUUGGUGUUAGUGCUUGAAUUAAACAGAGGUCACUGCUGGUUUUCCACUACCAUAAUUGUAACUGUACUAUGAAUUUUUUUUUAUAUAUGUGAAAUGUUUUAAAUAAACAUCUUUCAGUGUAAA